AUGGUGCGUGCUAUCAAGACUGAUGGAGUCACGCAUACAGUCCCGAGAAGUAGGCCUUCGCUGAACCAAAUCAUGGUGGGAAUUGUGCUCAUCUCCAUGGGAGUUUUGAUCAUGUACAUGUACCGAGUGAUAGACGAUUUGCAUCGGGAGCAGCAGGAUCUUCGGGGUCGGCUGAACCAGCUUUCCGAUAAUGGGAGCUAUGGUAUGCCACAUCUGCUGAUCUCUCCCCAUGGUAGUGAAAAGUUCCUGGAACCACGACCAGGGUCUACCCAAGGUUUGAACGAUCUUGUCGAAGCAGCGCGUGCUUCGAACCAGGAGAGAAGAUACGUUCAGCACAAGGUUGAAGAAGUCUAUCCGGGGCACAUGGCAGCUUUCGAGGUCACCUCGGAUGAAGAGGAGAAGCGACGACUCGCUGGCUUCUUCACCACCGGCACAACUGCAGGUGUCGGCUGCUUCCAGCUCACGGAUCAAACCACUGAAACCUACGAUGUCUCCAGCGCUACGGCGUGCAAUGGAAAUAUUUGUCCUGAUUGCUUCAUUACGCCCAGUUCGCUCUCUCAGAACGUGGCGCUUACCAUUCAGGCUUGUAGCAGCGCGAAGUGGAUCCGAUCCGCCAGUCGCAGCGGAGCUUGGCAAUAUACUUUCAUCAAUGUCGAUAACACGUACACGGUCUCGGUCACGGACAACAGCGGCUCGGGUACCACGUACAAGGUGCCACCCUACGGCCAUGUGACAGCCUACUGCUCUGCAUCGGGUGUGGGGGCGACGACCAACAAGCUCGCCUUCCCGAGCACUACGUUGCCGACGCUUUCGGUAGACAACGGAAUCACAAUGUCGAGUGGAGCCUUCGAUGCCAGUGCAAGUUCAGGAAAUUUCGGCACAUCCACCGGUACGGUGACCCUUGGUGGCAACACCGUGAUUAGCGGCCUCAGCACCUUCACCACGGGAGGGGGUACCGUGGACAUUCAGGGCGAUGUGACUGUUGCAGACUCGAAGUCGAUCACUGUGGGAUCUGCAGGGGCCGGAGGGGCCGUUACGAUCUACGGCAAUGUCGUCAUUGGCGAGACCGGAACUGGAAACGGAGCAUCCCUGACGCUGAACGGCGACUUCACACAAGCCGACGUUACAGGCUCGACAUCGAGCUUUGCCACCGGCACUAACACCAUCGGCCUGAAUGGCCAUGUUACGGUGGCUUCCGGGAAGAACCUGGUGAUGACCGCCACAGGAAACGGCCAGUUCACCACAGGCACCGGUACUGUAACGCUCAAUGGGAAUACCAUUGUUGCUGGCAGUGGCACCUUCACAUCCGGCCUCGGUGCUGUGUCGCUUAAGGGCGCUGUGACGGUGGAUCCGUCGAUCACCUUCACGGUUGGCUCUGCAGGGUCAGGUGGUGCUACGACCCUGUACGGGAAUGUGGUCAUCGGUGACAGUACAAGUGCUGCAUCUUGCACUGUCAACGGCAACAUCGUGCAGGCCGACGUGGGUGCAACGCUAACGACUAUCACAUCAGGAACAGGAGCCAUCAAUUUGAAUGGCGACGUCACAGUUGCGACCGGCAAGAACCUGCACAUGACUGCAACAGGCGCCGGCACCUUCCAAACUGGAACUGGGUCGGUCUCCCUGAACGGCAACGUCCAAGUGGGAGGCUCAAGCACCUUCAGCACGGGCACCGGCGCAGUGAACCUGAAUGGACCCACCGUUGUAGCAGACAGCCAGCCCUUCUCUGUGGGAAGCUACGGAAACGGCGGAAUUGUUCAGCUGUUUGGAGCUACCACCGUCGGCUCCAAUGCUGCCAACGGUGCUUCAAGUUCUCUCACGGUCUAUGGUGAUGUCAGCUUCAACAACGACCAGGAUGGAACUAUAAAGACGUUCUCGACUGCUGGGGGUCAGAUCGAUUUCAAUGGCCAUGUGGCUGUUGCAGCGAACAUGAACCUCAUUAUGGCCAACACAGGUACCGGUCAAUUCCAGACCGGGACUGGAACGGUCACGCUGUCUGGAAACACCAACGUCGUCACCGGCGCGACGUUCACGCUGGAUUCUUUCACCAAUAUCGUCAACUGCAACCACGCUUCCACUGAUCUUGGUGACACCUUCUGCAAAGCCAGCCGCUGA